AUGUUUAAGCAACAAAGCAGCGCCCCAAAAGCGCAUUUAACACCAUGGCCUUUAGAAACAAAAGUAUGGAACAGGAUCCACAUCGACUUUUGUGGACCAAUAAGAAACAAGAUGUUUCUAAUUAUAAUUGACGCAUACUCCAAAUGGUUGGAGUGCAUAGAAAUGAAGACGAUGACGACAGAAGAAACGAUUGAGAAGAUGCGGGAAGUGGUGGCCAGAUAUGGUUUACCGAACGUUUUUGUCAGCGACAACGGCAGACAGUUGGUGAGCGAUAAGUUCGAAGAGUUUUUAAGGAGUAAUGGAAUACAACAUAUAACAUCCCCGCCCGGAAACAGCCAAAGUAAUGGCCUGGCAGAAAACGCAGUAAAAACAUUCAAGAAUAAAAUGAAGACGUUACUAGCAGAAGAAAAGAACAACAGUGUAUCUCUAUCAACUUUGGUAGCAACAUUUUUAAUGGACUAUAGAACAACGACACACCAGACGACGGGAGUGACACCAGCCUCACUGAUGUUCAACAGGGAAACAAGAAAUAAGCUGACGAUACUGUCGGAAGACGGGGAGUCAAAUGAACAAUUACAAAUAGUAGACAACAUGCAAAAAGCAGCAAGGCAGCAAGAGAAUAAUUAA